AUGACAAAUCACAUGCCCUAGCGAAGUUAGUGCUUGUAUAUAUUGUGUACAGAGGAUUGUGGUCACUUGCUUCGUGUCUUUAGACUUCUCAUAUCUCACAAUGAACACGGUACUGCUGCUUGCUUUAAUAUCGCCUGCUGUGGCAAGUGUUUGCCGAUUUCCACCGAGUCUCUGGUGCAGCUCAGAAGAAAUAGCGGAGCAGUGCAAGGUGUACGAACAAUGCAAAGCAUCAGAGUGGACCCAGUCAGCUGUGGCUGCUCCAGUGCAGUUUGAGCUUUACUAUGAAUCACUCUGUCCAGACUGCCAGGAUUUCAUUGAAGGACAAUUAUAUCCGACAUUCCAGAAAGUUGGCAACAUAAUGAAUCUUACACUUAUUCCUUACGGAAAUGCUAAGGAGCAAAAAGGACCUCAAGGAGAGUACAUAUUUACCUGUCAGCAUGGAGAAUUGGAGUGCAUUGGGAAUACGAUUGAGACUUGUGCUAUCUACGAGUUGAAGAACAUCAGCAUUUACUUUCCCUUCAUCCACUGUAUGGAACUAUCACUGCGAUCAUAUAAUCCAUAUGAAGCAGCAUCUGUUUGCUCCAAUAAAACUGGAGUUCCAGUCCAGAACAUCUUGAACUGUGCCAACAGCAGCCUUGGCAACACUUUGGAACACCAGAUGGCACUCAAGACAGAUGCCCUGCAGCCUUCUCAUGAAUAUGUUCCUUGGGUCACCUUGAAUGGGGUUCAUACAGAGAAAAUAAAUAAUAAAGCAGUGAAGAAUCUUCUGAAACUUAUUUGUGAAACAUACAAGGGACCUAAACCAGAACCUUGCAAAGAAGAGCUGCUGCCUUCCUCUAAGCGAUGCUUCGCUCCAUAAAAUGUUUUUUAUCGCCAGUUUGUUUUAAAGGAAUAAUUAGUAUGCAUCUGAUUUGUUGAAGGAUGAGUGUGCCUUAUUUGCCAUAUUCUGUGCAAAAGGCUUUACCAUAACACUAAUUCUUCAAACAAUUUUCUUUACUGUAUAACACACCCAAAAAAGUCUGACUGGCACAGGGUAAUACACAGCACACAACCAUUGCAAGCAUUUAAAUGUCAGCUACACAAGUGCAAUAUAUACAAUAACUUGGCAUGUAGGAGAACUGUGUAAGGUUUGCAAAUUUAACAUAUGCACCAAACUGUCUUUGUAUCUGAUUAUCAUAAGUAAAAUGAUCAACUUGAUUCUCAUGUGACCAUGUGGCACAUGGUAAUAAAUAUUUUGUAGAAGUUUUU